AUGGUUUGGGAGCCCCGUGCUUGUGAAUUCGAUCUCUAUCCACGCCGCCGCCCCACCUUCACCCUUACUCAAGAUAUCAUCCUGCCCAUGCCGUCUGCGAGGGCGUGGAAGGCCCACAUCCCGCGCAAGAGGGCCACUCCAACAAAAGAAAAGAGCCACCGCCCCACUGACGCCGAUAUUCUAUCCGGCCUCCAAACGUACAAGCCUGUCAUAGAUUCAGACACACGCAACGUCUGGGCCUUCUGGGACAAAGGCCUACCCAACAGCCCUGAAUGGAACCAGCGCAAUGUCAUUAGCUGGGUUGGACGGCUCAGUUCUAAAUGGACAGUCCGAGUCUUAGACCUCGUCAAGGGCUCGCCCAACCAUGUAUCCCAGUAUAUUCUACGAGAAAUGCUCCCAGAGGUCUUCUAA